AUGCAUUUUGCGAUGGGUUGGAGCAAAUACAAUAUGUGGUUUCUGGGUGUCUGGCCUGAACCGAUCAAGACUUCACGAGCAAAACGAUAUAUCUCGAACUUGAUAUUUUGGUCAACGUUGAUCAUUGUGCUGCUAUUCGUAUGCCUGCCGAUAAAUGCGCACUUAUUCAUCAUGUCCACAAAUUUGUCCCAAAUAAUUCAAAAUUUGUCAAUCAAUGUGCCAUGUUUCUUAGCGUUCAUAAAACAGCUAUUCUUGCGAUACCAUAGAAAAGCUUUGACGUUAUUGGUUGGCCAAAUAUUGAACGACUGGACGCGACCAAUACCGGAAGCAGAAAGGCAGGCGAUGAUGCGAAACGCCAAGAGAAGUCACUUAAUAUCUAUUUUGGGCUCGACAGUCACGUAUCUCUUGUUAACCGCUUUUACAUUGAUGUCGAUUUGGAACAAUAUGCAAUUUGAAGAACUCUAUAGUUUGCCGUUCCCAAGCUUCUUCCCAUACAACUACAAGAAAAGUCCCAAUUUCGAGCUUACGUGGUUCGGCGAGACUAUGGGCGCGAUUAUCACAACUAUUUGUUACUCGUGCUUCGACUCGUUUGUGGCAGUACUGACACUGCACCUGUGCGGUCAAUUGGCGGUGCUGAAGAUAAAUUUGAACAGCUUGGUGAAUGCAACCCGGCCUGACAACUUUGCUAAGUUCCAAGAAAGACUGGGUUUUAUCGUGAAUAGGCACAAAGAACUUUACAGGUAUGCUACUGUCAUCGAGGAUUAUUUUAAUAUUACUCUGCUUGUGCAAACGAUGAUCAGUACAUCGAUGCUCUGUAUGACCGGAUAUCGUUUGGUUACAACGAUAAAUGAAGGCCAGGUGGGAGCUGAUAUAAUAUUCUACAUUGUACACGUAAUUCACGUGAUAACACAUUUCUUCUUUUAUUGUUAUAUUGGCGAACAGCUUCUCACUGAGAGUUUAAGCGUUACUCAAUCGGCAUACGAUUGCGAAUGGUAUGAUUUACCUCCGAAGAAAGCAGUAUCUUUGACAAUUGUCAUGAUGCAAGCGAAUGUAUCGUUCAAAUUGACAGCGGGAAAGUUCAGUCCGUUUUCCUUGAAACUCUUCAGUGCAGUAAUCAUUUUAUCGCCGGCAGCCAUUACAACGCAAAGAAUACGUUCUGGAGUUCUAAGAUCACAACAACAAAAGGCCGUUAACUUCACAAUUGUGUCGUAACCCUGGGUCUCGACGUCAUAUCUUCAAAUAAUCCAACCUAUUGGCCGUCAGAUAGAUGUAAAAUUUCUGACCUUAUUGAUUUCUGCGUGAUAAAAGGCAUCAACAAAAACCGCCUCAAAAGCGAAACUUGUUUAGAUAUU